AUUACAUUCCACGUCAACUUUUUGACAGCUUGCUCGCGGAUCUGCUGUUUGUUCCUUAAAUUCGUAUUAAUUUUAGAAAGAAAAACAUACAAAAUGAUUACUGUGUUAAAUACAAUUGAUACUGGCCACGAGGAUAUGAUACACGACGCAGAGCUGGACUACUAUGGGUUGAGACUGGCCACGUGUUCAUCGGAUAACUCGGUGAAGAUUUAUGACAUCAAAAGCGGCGCCCAAACACUUGCAGCUGAUUUGAAAGGACACUUCGGUCCCGUGUGGCAGGUGGCCUGGGCUCACCCGAAGUUCGGAAAUCUGUUAGCGUCGUGUUCCUAUGAUAGAAAAGUGAUAAUAUGGAAGGAGACCGGGGAGUGGACAAAAUUGUACGAGUAUACAGGUCACGAGAGCUCAGUCAACUCGGUGGCGUGGGCGCCUGCGGAAUAUGGGCUCGUGCUGGCGUGCUGCAGCUCCGACGGCUCCAUCUCCGUGCUGACGUACAACCAGGACGGAAACUGGGAUGUGAAGAAGAUAUCCGGCGCGCAUGCCAUUGGCGUUAAUUCCAUAAGUUGGUGUCCUGCUAUCUCUGCGGAACUUAACUUGGACCCACUUAAUAAUAAGGAUGCACCCAAGAGAAUUGUUUCUGGUGGAUGUGAUAAUUUAAUCAAGAUUUGGAGAGAGCAAGGAGACCAAUGGGUUGAAGAGAAUCGCUUGGAAAUGCACAUGGACUGGGUGAGAGAUGUUGCAUGGGCACCUUCCCUGGGGCUACAGCGGUCCAUGAUCGCCAGCUGCUCACAGGAUAAAAGAGUCGUCAUCUGGACCAGCGACGAUAAUGUCUCCUGGACACCCACCAUUCUGAAUACAUUUGAUGAUGUUGUGUGGAGCGUCAGCUGGUCUCUAACGGGCAACAUCCUGGCUAUCUCGGGAGGUGAUAACAAAGUUAGCCUCUGGAGGGAGGGCACCGAUGGCCAGUGGGUGUGCAUCAGUGAGGUAGCUAAGGGAUUGGGGCAAACACCAAACGAUGAAAGGAGUACACUUUAAUUUUAAACUAAUUGUAUUACUUAAUCUUGUUAAAUAUGUAAUGAUUUGCUAAUAGUAAUAAUUAUUGUACUUUACA